CCCACAUCGACAAAACACGGGAGAAAUGCUGGACAAUUUCCCAUGGGAUGGUGGUGGUAGUGGCGCUCAUUGGGCUCAAACUAAUGGCGUUUGGUUGUUUUGUUCGACCGAAUUUGCAAAUUGUUACUACAGAAAAUACAGAGAAAGAAAACAACAGCAGAAUGAUAUUGAGCGAGGUUUGCGUCAGCCGCGGACUACUCAUCUGCCGCCGCAAAUCCCAACGAGAGAGUCCCCACGAGAUGAGGUUCAUUUCGGCGCAAAAAUUAAAGUCGUUACUUAUGAUCGUGAGAAGAUGCAAAACAAGUCAGAUCCCUGCUGUGCUAUCUGCUUAGCCGACUUCGAAGAUGGGGAUAAUUGUGGGGCUAUUGAGCCGUGCCAACAUAUGUACCACAGAGAAUGCAUCGAAACCUGGCUCAAACAAUGGAAUCCACGCUUCCCAUGCUGUCGUGGUUCAAUCCCCUCUAGAACGCCGGCUGGUUCCAGUACCCGAUCAAUCACCCUAAAUUCAUAUUCAAGGGAUGAAGAAGCUGCUGAAGAGGAGGAAGUAGGCGAGGAUGUCGACUACUACGAUGAAUCCGAGCAUGAUGUGGGAGAUGACGUCGGAGCGGAAUGUGACGAAGGAGUUCCCAGCCUAGGAGGCGAGGAUGGUGAAGAAGAAGAAGAGGAACCCAUAGAGGCCAUCGACGAGUCCCACCGUCCAGAAAGCAUUGUAAGCAGUUUCUCGCAUGAAGAUGUAGUGUUCUUGGAUGGCUUCGACGCAAGUGUAGGAGGUGGUGGACACGACGAAGGCGAAGAACCCAAUUCGUUCUUGAACCCCUUUGGGGGAAUUAUCCAAGUGUCAGAAUAUCGUUGCCAGGAUGAAUCCGAUAACCAGAACGACGCCUAAUUGGAUUCCAAAUAGUUCAGGCAUUCUUCUUAAGUUCACCAUCGAUCUUUUGGCAAUGACAAUCAUUUCAUUCAAGAACGGAUUUACAAAUGUGGGCACUGAAGAAGUUAAAUUGGAAUCAGUGGUGGCUCCAAAGACUAAUUUCCUUCGAGAAAUGCUUGCACUGAUGGCCACUUUGAGUGAAAGAGUUCGUUCUUCGACGAAAUUGUUUCUGGGAUUAAUUCUGUUCUACCAUGACCUGUUGAAUUCAAUUUCUAUACUUAAAUCUGUAUCUUUGUAGCAAAUUUGCUCCUACCAUGUGGCCAAAAAAAAAAAAAAGAGUGAAAGAGGGACAAUGCUGCUGCCUGAAAUUUGCUCCUGCCAUGUGGUUGCUUAUAUGGCAGCACAUGAUCCCAUAUGAAGAAUUUUGUUAACAGAGUCAACGGAGGUAUGUAUGGGUAGAUGAAAAUGAAAUAGUUUUGAAAGUUAAUAUAUGAGUUUGAAAGCAAGUAAAGUAUCUAUACUAAAAUGAAAAAAAAAUUAAUAGUUAAUAGAUGGUUUAUUAAAUUAACCCCUCUGCGAAGCACAAAAUAUCAUGUCCAAAGGCUCCGAGCCAGGAUCUCUAGACUACAACAAAAACGCAUUUUAAGUUCAGAAAACCAAAAAUCCGGCUUA